AUGGGUUCUUUCAUCUCUAAACCCCAGGAGCCUGUCGCAGUUCCUACCGCACAGGAACCUGUCCGCGAAAAUGGCAAGCCAAAGACUUCAGGUAAGCGGAAGCGCUCAGACGACGACAACGAUGAGGAGGAGCUUCGUGGUCAUCUUGCCAAGAAGCCACGCCUCAGUCCCGACUUGGAAGCCCAUGAGCAACCGGAAAACAUUCCUCGCCAAUCAGUGGAAAAGAGUGGUAAGCGAAAGCGUUCAGAAGACGAUGAGGAGACCGAUGCUCCUCCCACCAAGAAGCCAAGCCCUGAUCCCAUCGAAGUGGACCGUGAAAUCAGUCCUGUGUGGUCUGACCUCUAUCCCAUCUCGUCAACCGAAGAAGACCGCGAAAGCAGUCCUGUGAGAUCGCCUCUAUUUCCCUACCGAGCAGUUAGCCCUCCUAUGCCGGAUUUCUUUGGGCUAGAGAAUCCUUACGAUGAUGACUUGUAUUAUAUCCCAGUCUUCGAGGCCGGCCUCGAACACAACGCAUACCAGGAAGACGUUGUUGACUGGGGCAAUGCUGACGAUUUGUAUCCCCCAAUCAUCAGAACCGACCCCGAAAGAAAUGCAGCCUGGGAACUUAACUAUUAUGGCUGGGAAGAAGCCUAUGACUUCAACGAUGAUGAAGAUUUGUAUUUUCAUUUGGAUCCCCCCGUCAUUGAGAACAACUACGAUGGGAACGCAGCCUUGGGACGGGGCGUUGAUGGAUGGAGAGAAGCCGGCGACGUUGACGAAGCAGGCUCACAACAUCCAGAUGGGCACUCUCAGAAUGAGAAUCACAACGACAAUGACUCCGACCCUGAAUCUGAACCCUCUGAGGGCACCGUUGUCGCCGAUCAAGAGGAGCAAGAGAUGAAGCAGGCAGCUAUCAGGCGCUACGCGGAAGAGGUAAACCUCAUUAGAUCCCUCAGACCUUUGACCUUUGAUAAUCCACAGCAGGCUGCCCAGAAUGAAGCCAGAAUCGAACGUAUCCGUACACGUAUAUUGGCGGAGAAAGAGUGGUAUGAGGAACUCGAAGCAUGGGGUUUCGAGAAUGAGCUCUGUGACAUUGUUCUAAAGGCACGCAGAUCAUCCCGCCACAUCGAGAACUCCUAUGCAGAGAUUGGAGCGGCGUGUAAGAAAGAGAGAAUGCGACCCAAGUAUGCCUUUCCUCGCAUUUGA